AUUCAUACUUCAAACUUGAAUCUUCAAUUAUAGUCACCUCAACGCCAAUUGAAUCUGAACAAAACCCAAUUAAAAACUUGAUUAGUGAUUUCGAGAUUAAUGUUUGAAAUCUGCCACUUCCAUUGGAGUGUUAUCAGAGCUCCAGUUCUGUGCCAGAAGUGUCAGGACUUUGAAGAGAUGAAGUUGAAGUCCACAUGGAUUUUAUUAAAUGUUGUGCUGAUUCUCGCGAAAUUUGAAGUAGAUUGUCUAACGGUCUACGAUGAAACCAUCCGAAUGUGGGAUGAGUUGGGCAUAGCUCCAGAAAAUCUUUACAUCAGAUCGGUGGUUGAAAUUGAGUAUGGUUUGGUGAGGGGGUUUUUGUACAAUACGUCAUUGGACCAGGAGCAUCAAUCUUUCACCAAUAUCCCUUAUGCUAAGCCACCUAUAGGACGGCUCCGAUUUAGGCCCCCCGAACCACCUGAGAGAUGGGAGGGCAUACGGGAUUGCACCAAGCCACCCUGGCAUGCGCGGGCCAAGAAAAGAUGCAUGCAAUACCUCAACUGGAGCGACUUUGCUGGCAAAAGAAUUGUGGGAUCUGAGGAUUGUCUAUACUUGAGUAUUAUUCGACCAGCGGACCUAGAGCUGGAAAACAGAGAACGUCACGUGAAUCAUUUUCCCGAUGGCAAGCAGGAUGCUGACGUGGUGGUAUUUCUGGAAGCGAGUACAUUCAUGUACGAUAUACCUUACAGCAAUCACAGAAUGGUGGCGAACCUUUGUUGCACAUACACCCUGUUUGUGUUUGUCAGAUUUCGUCUGGGACCUCUCGGAUUCAUGACAACUGGUGACAGCUUGUUGCCAGCCAAUCUUGGCAUGAAAGAUCAAAUAGCUGCUCUGUCAUUUGUGCAGAGGAAUAUCAAUAGAUUCGGUGGCAAUCCAAUCAGAGUGACUUUUGCUGGCGUCUCGGCCGGAGCGGCUAGUGUGCAUUUGCAUAUUAUGUCAUCGCUUUCCAAUGGUCUGUUCUACAAGGCGAUAUCAAUAUCAGGAAGUGCAAUGAACCCGUGGGCAUGGGCCAAAGAAGAGACCAUCAUUGAGCUGACGCGUGACUACGCAUCUGACGUCAAUUGCUCGUCACGUGACAUCCCCACACCCAAAAACGAAAUGGUCGCCUGCCUCAUGGAGAAGCGUGCCGUCGAAAUUGUUCGACAGCAUGACAACGCUUUUGUUUUCCGUAACAUUCCGAUCAGCGCCUUCUCUCCGACGGUCGAUAAUGACUUUCUAAGGGCGGAACCCCAUCAGAUGUUGAAAUCGGGGGCCACAAGACCUAUGCCAUGGCUUGUCAGUUAUACCACUGAGGAGGCUAUUUUUCCUCUACUGGACUGGUUCGAUCGUGAACCGUACAACAAUGCAGUGGACCUGCAGUGGGACACUUUUGCGCCCUACCUGCUCGAUUACAAGACCACCAUGCCCGAGAAUCUGCAAGCUCAGGCUGCUUGGGACAUCAAGGGACAUUACACCAAUGGCCAGCUCAACCAAUCACUCACCGAGGAGCCUUCUCAAUGGAACACACUCAUCAGGAUAAUGACCGACCGUCUUUUUGCGAGUGGAAUUGUCGAGUCAGCUCGCUACCAAGCGCGGGCCACGCCUGAGAAGGUGUGGCUAUAUGAGUUUGGUUAUAGAGGAGAAUUCAGCAUGUCUAAUUUGCUUGCCGUCAGACUCAGGAAUCAUAGGUUUGGUUGCGGACACGCUGAAGACUUUCUGAUAUACAUCAAUGGCUUUUCAACAGCCAAACUGAACAUCACAGAGGACAUAAGAAUGCGUGAAAUGCUGACAUGGCUUUGGAUAACGUUCAUUGUCUACGAUGCACCCGAGCUGGAAGGCACCGAGAAAAGCACUAAAAGAUUACCACACGUUUUGGAGGGGAUUGAUGUGGAGCCCGAAUAUGCCGAAGAGAUUCGCUACACAAAGAUCCGUUAUCCGUUCGAUUACACCAUCGAAAGAUCCGGGUUUCUAGCCAAUAAACGCUUUUGGCGUACUAUACCCACCAAUGAUUUCUAUUAAAACUCUUUUCGAACUCAAUGAUAAUUGAACUCUAUUGAAUUUUUUAUCCAGUAUGUGAUUCAGAUAAGUGAUGUAAAUAACACCAAUUCCUUUUUC